CAAAUCUCAGCGAGUUUUAUUUGUCAUAAUUCGCUCUCGGCCGAUGCGUAAGAGCGCAUCUAUAUAAUAAACAUAUGUAUUCCUUGCGUGUGCGGUCUCCCACACGUCCUCCCGCACUAAAGUCAAGAUGUCUCACGAGAUCCAACCUCACGAGGUCGAGAAGUCCGCUGCGUACGCGCAUGAUGAUGUGGUCGACAACCAGAAGAAGGAUCUCUCUGGAGCCAUCGAUGCAGAAAAUGAGGAGCAUGCUAUGGGCGUUCUGCAAGCCGCGAGGGCAUAUCCCAUGGCUUGCUUCUGGGCCUUCAUCAUGGCAUUCACCAUCAUCAUGGAAUCUUACGAUGUCUUCUUGAUGGGAAACUUUAUGGGUCUGACUGCCUUCACCGAGCGAUUCGGUGUCUAUGAUGCCGCCAAGUCUGAGUGGAAUCUCACCACCCAGUGGCAAUCUGCUUUGCAGAUGUCUGGUCAGCUCGGUGCUUUGAUCGGAGUGUUCCUCGCCGGUCCACUGACCACCGCGCUCGGUUACCGAUGGGCGACCAUUAUUGGUCUCAUGUCUCUGAACGGAUUUAUCUUCAUCUCGUUUUUUGCAAAUUCGCUCCCUCUCUUCUUUGUCGGUCAGCUCUUGGAAGGACUACCUUGGGGAAUUUUCAUCGCCAACUCGCCAGCAUACUGCAGUGAGAUCGUCCCCAUCCAACUUCGAGCCGCUUGCACCCAAAUGAUCCAAAUGUUCUGGGCCAUUGGAAGUAUCAUUGUCGGGGCAGUCACCUACGUCUACAACCCGUUGUCCACCAAGACCGCCUACAAAAUCCCUCUCGCCCUGCAAUGGAUGUUCCCCACCCCACUCGCAAUUCUCAUGUUCCUCGCCCCAGAAUCGCCUUGGUGGCUCGUCCGCAAGGGCCGAUACGACGAGGCAAAGCGAUCCAUCGAGCGACUUGGACGUCGAUCCCGUGUUCGAGCAGACGACACCGUCUCCAUGAUGCGACGCACAAUCGAGCUCGAAGCCGCCGCCGCUCAACCCUCCUAUUUUGAACUUUUCAGGGGUAGCGACCUCAGACGGACAGCUAUUGUCAGUGGUGUCUAUGCUGCCCAGAACCUCACGGGCAACCUCAUCGCCAACCAAGCGGUAUAUUUCUUCAAACAAGCAGGCAUGGUUCAGAACACAGCUUUUGCCCUCGGCCUGAUCACUUCAGCGCUUCAAUGGAUUUUUGUCAUGCUGUCCUGGUUGCUUACUUCCUAUUUUGGCCGUCGACCCAUUUACAUCUGGGGCAACGCCUUCAACUGUUUCCUCCUUUUCUGUCUCGGUAUUGCCGCCUCAGUGCCAGCACACACCAAGUCGGUCAUCAAGUCGACCAGCAAUGCUCAAGCCGCCCUUGGUCUGUGUAUCUCAGUCCUCUUCACCUUCUCAGCGGCGCCUGUCAGUUACACCCUCAUCGGCGAGACAUCGUCCAUCCGAUUGCGACCGCUCACUACUGGCUUUGGGCGUGCCAUGUACUACGUUGUCGAGAUCCCUUGCAUCUUCCUUGGAGCAUACAUGCUUAACCCCACGGGUGGCAACUUGGGCGGAAAAUGCGGGUAUGUUUGGGGAGGUACAGCACUAUUCGUUACCGUCAUGGCGUACUUCUUCAUCCCGGAGACCAAGGAUAGAUCGUACCGUGAGCUUGACAUUCUGUUCAAGCGUCGGGUCCCUGCAAGAAGAUUCAAGGAGACGGUCAUUUCCGUGGAGGAGAACGAAUAAGAUGGUUUGUUAUAUUUAGGGUUCUAGUCUUUCUGAAUGAAUUUCUAUGGAGUCUCAAGCGCGUUUUCAGAUAAGAGCGUUCGCAUUUCGUCACGAGUGAAGUGUCGGACAUAACAUGAGAGGGCAUGCAGUUGAUAUAGACACUGGGCUUGAUU